GGGGAUGUAACAUUCCUGUAGAGGAGUAAAGGAGUUCAGCGAGUGGGGUGUGAAAUAGACAAACAGUGUGCAAGUUAGAGGGAAGAGAGAGAGCACAGUCAGGCUUGUGAAGAAGGAGCUGUUGCUUAGAUCUGUGUGUCUGCAAAGUGUAGGAGCAGGUGUGAGGGAUUGUAAUACAGGUGUGAAACAUCUUUCACAAAAUAGGACAGAAGUCAGAGAGAGGCAGGCGCUGGUGUAUUAUACAACCAUGCAAUAGAGAAUGAGGAGAAAAGAGCCUGUUAUAGAGCAGGGAAGCUAAGAAGGGGUUGAUAGACAGCAGUAUAAGUGCAUUAGGCCAGGGAGGUGGAGUACAGAAAAGGCAGGGACAGGUAGGAGUGCUGAGGUAAUGACAGGGUGGGGCAUGGAAGCAGAUACAGCCUGGGAGCGUGGAGGAGGCCAGUGACAGGCAGGAACAGUCUGCAUUAUCCAAAUAGAGUUCUAGAGCUUAGAGAAUUACAGGAAGCAGACAUAAAAGUGGCCCCUCAGAAAGGUGGAGGAGAGUGGCAUAUAAUAUUCAGGUGGGACAGCCGCAGGUGAGGCCAGACGCUGAGUGUAGACAGUCGUACUUUGUGGAAGAAUGAACUUCCACCCUCAAACCUUGACUAUGCAGGACAGUCACUUCCUUAUGUCGGCCCUGCAGCCAAACACGGACAUCACAUCCCUGGCACUUCCCACGGACUCCCAACUGGACCGAAGACUGCGUGAUGAGAGCCAAGAGCUGCGCAAUGCCCGCGUACAGGAACAGGUCCGGGCACGGAUGAUGCAAAAGGGGCAAACGUCAUCAGGGGCCAACUCCGUUUAUGGAGACAGCUACUCUUCUCGUUCCCAGUACAGUACUGUGCCAGCUUCCUACAGCUCCCGCUCCCAAGUCCUCGGCUCUGAUCAAAGGAUAUCUUCUGCUCGCUCAGUCGGUUAUGGCACAUCUGGGGGGAUGCGUUCAGGCUACUCGUCCAGGUCUGCUGUGGAUCUGGGCGGGGGGGGACAACGAAUCAGUGUGGCAUCACAGCAACAACGUACAUAUGCCACCUCCCGGCCAUCCUCCUUCCAUGAGCGAGUGUAUCCAGGCCGCCGUGAAUAUGAUACCAUGUCCCUGCGCUCUAUGCAUAUUGGAGAUGGCGAUGAGCGGUAUGAAGGUGGGGCAUCAUCUCAAUCCGCUUAUUACAACCGCCAAAACUCUUCUGCUAGUGCUAUGCCAGUACUACAAAGGUCUCACUCUGGAAACAUUGCCCAGGAUGGUGGUACCUCAUGGGUCGAACGAGCAGAGGUGGCACAGACUCGGACAAUCAGGGCACCUGCCAUGCGCACCUUACAGCGAUUCCAAAGCAACAACCGUGCCCGGGUGGCAUCCGGGUCUUAUGGCACCCUGAAUUCAAUGAAUAAUCAGCAGAUGCUGCAACAGUCAGGUGGUGUGGGCUCCACCUAUGUCACCAACAUGAUGGAACAGACCUCUCGGGCCCCCUCUGUGCGGAGCCUGGCGGAGUCUUCACACCAACUGCAAGAGAUGAGGGGCAUGGAUGUGUUUGAUGGGAACAAGAGUUUAAUGAGUCAGCAUUCCUUUACUAGUGGGUUUGAUGACAUGGACAUGCCGACAGCUGUGAAAUAUUUAAUGGCAAGCGAUCCCAACCUACAGGUCCUAGGAGCGGCUUACAUACAGCAUCGAUGCUACAGUGAUGCUGAAGCCAAAAAACAAGCACGUACAUACCAGGCUAUUCCCAAACUGGUUAAGCUGUUUAAUAACCCAAACCAAGAAGUGCAGCGCCAUGCCACCGGCGCAAUGCGCAAUCUCAUCUAUGAUAGUCCAGAGAACAAAAUGGCUUUGGUGGAGGAGAACGGGGUGUAUGAGCUUCUACAGGCUCUGAAAGAACAAGAUGAUGAACUCAAGAAAAAUGUAACCGGCAUUUUGUGGAACUUGUCAUCAAGUGAUAACCUGAAAACAAAGCUUGCACGCGAUACCCUUGGUCCCUUAACAGACCGGGUGCUAAGUCCACUCUCUGGCUCCACAGGAUCUGCACUUAUCCAACAGAAUGCAUCGGAGGCUGAAAUAUUCUACAACGCCACAGGCUUCCUCAGGAACCUGAGCUCAGCCAGUGAGGAGACUCGUCAAAAGAUGCGGGAUUGUCCUGGUCUUCUGGAUUCCUUAGUUGGCUAUACAAACCAAGCUUUACAGGCUUCCAAAUCUGAAGACAAGAGUGUGGAAAAUGCAGUAUGUGUACUAAGGAACCUGUCUUACCGACUGUAUGAUGAGAUGCCACCAUCCUGUUUGCAAAGGCUGGAAGGAACGCAGCGGGGGGGCAAUGUAGCCGGAGACACCGUGGGCUGUUUCACCCCUCAGAGUCGCAAACUCAAAGAGAAACAACAGGGCACCGACCUUGCUACCUUUGCUGAAAUCUCAAGAGAUCCAAAGGGAAUGGAACUUCUGUGGAACCCGCAGAUUGUCAACCUGUAUAACCGGCUGCUGCAGCAUUGUGAACUAAACAGACACACCACAGAGGCAGCAGCAGGAGCCCUACAAAAUAUCACUGCCGGAGACCGCAGAUGGGCAGCUGUCCUGAGCCAGGUGGCAUUGGAACAGGAGCGUAUUCUAAACCCAGUUCUGGAUCGCUUAAGAACUGCAGAUCACAGCCAACUCCGGUCUCUCACAGGCCUGAUCCGCAACCUGUCUAGACAUGCCAAAAAUAAGGAGGAGAUGUCCACCAAGCUAGUGAGCCAUCUUCUAGAGAAACUCCCCGGCGAGGGAGGUGACAAGAGCCCUCCUGCUGAGGUUAUAGUGAAUAUCAUUGCUGUGCUUAAUAAUCUGACUGUAGCUGGACCCCUUGCUGCCCGAGAUAUUGUGUACUUCAAUGGACUUGGCAAACUGAUGUACAUCAAGAGGAAGAGAGACACUGCAGACAGUGAGAAGUCUUCCCGAGCUGCUGCAAGCCUUCUUACAAACAUGUGGCAGUACAGCAAGCUGCACCGUGACUUCAAAGCGAAGGGAUAUCGGAAGGAAGAUUUCCUCAGCCCAUGAUGUGGUCUCUCCCAACUGCACUAGUGUCUGCUUCUCCUCUUAUCAGAAGAUCACUAAAAGAGCACUGAGAAUAACCGAGUACUUUCCCCAGCCCUUACCACACUCCCCUGUGCAAUAAAUGCUAUCACUCUGAACACAGCAAAGCAGUGUUUGAAGGGGAAAGUGUAUGUAUGUAGCUAGAUAGAUUAAUAAGUAAUUGGAUACUUGCAUGUGUGCUUGUGUUUUUUUUUAACAAAACAAAAAAAACUAGGAAAAAUAAAUGAAAUUUAAUGUAUGGGUUUGAAUAAAUGUCCGUUUGGGUUUAUAUAUUUAAUACGUGCAAACACAUACACACUGUUUAAGUAUAAGCUGUGCUUCUCUAGAUAUUGUUAGACUACAGUGCCCAAAAUACUGUGCCAGCCACGGUCAGCAACACUUGGUGAGUCCUAUGGUUGCUAGACCCUGGAGUUUUCCCUGUAUAACUAUCCGGUAAUCUAUUCUUUCAUCAAUUAGCCAACCUAUUGGUAGAAUUCAUGGAAUGCUGUGUAUUAAAGAAAACCUUAUACAGUAAUAUACUAAACUGGUUUACAUGAUUUAAUAUGAAUAAAUCCCUAGUAUGAAUGUAUACGCAUGUCCCUUUUGUGUACAGCUGUGACUUAUUUCCUCCUCACAAUCCCAUUAUUCCAGGGCCAUCUUAACGCAUGGGCUUAAUGGGCAGCUGCCUAAGGGCCCCACAAUUCGAAGGGCCUUCAGGCAGGGGCAGGUUGUUCCGUGGGAAUCUGCCUCCCUGGCUGGUGCCUCCUGAGCUUCUUGGAAGCUGCCUGGCCGCUUUCUACCACAGAAUUCUCUACCUGCCUCCCAGUCUGCAGCUAGACAGUCAGUAGCUAUCAGCAUGUUGAAUGGUGGAUGGCUGUAGCUAUCCACCAAUCAGAGUGCAGCAUUCUCUGCCUGGCUCCCAGUCUGCAGUCAGACAGUGAAUGGCGGUCACCAUGCUGAUUGGUAGAUGGCUGGAACUAUCCACCAAUCAGAGUGCUGGCAGCCAUUCACUGUAUGUAAACAUGUGGAGUGAUGGCACAGGACCACAGGAGGAGUAAGUUAUGAUUUUUUUUUUUCUUAAUUUUUUUACCAUGAAUGGGUGUGUAGGGGCCCCAGUAUAUUACUUUGCCCAGGGGCUACAAUGCUGUUAAGAUGGCUCUGCGCUACCCUGUUGUAUUUUUACAAAUAAGAACACACAAGUUUUUUUUGUUUUGUUUUUUAAAUACUUUUUUUUUGUUUUGUUUUGUUUUUAAUCUCAGGGGAGCAUUCCUGUUUGUGUAUCAACAUGCUCAAAUGUGCCUUGUUUCUUCCUAUGUCACCCUUGUAUAGUGCAGUGUUUUCAGAGAAAAAAAAAUAAACAUUUUGAAUUCUGAA